AUGGAUGCGUGCAACCAAUCCAUCUCCAAUCCAAGGCGGUAUCCCCCGCCAGAAAUCCUCGUCUUCGUCUACACGCUCAUAAUCUUCCUCUCGUGGAAUUUCCUCAAAUCCAUCCUCUCGUGGUACGAAUUCGAGUCGGUGACAGCCUCUCCGUCUGGUAAUUGGGCGGCGCUCUACGCCUCGCUACUGCUGGGGGCGGAAUUUGGCGUGUUGUCGAUGGUGGCGGUGCCGACCACGCUGGUGAUGUGGAUAAUAGUGCUGGUGUUGCUCACCUUCUGCGGCAAGCCGAGAAAGACUCUGGUAGUGGAAGGGAAGAAAUUGACGGCCGAGAUCAUCGAAUUCGUGGUCAGGGUUUUGAUCAAGGAAGGGAAUCUCGUCGCCGCGGUUUGUGUUGUUAUUGGAUAUUUUGCCCUUGUUAGGCAUCGGGAAAAUGAUGGUGGGCCUCUUUGA